CUCUUAUAUUAAUGCCCAAGUUGUCACACUUUAACGCAGUUCUCAGAUUUCCUCUCUCUUAGUUCGGAUCAUGUCUGCAUUUGAUACAAUGAAACUGGUAUAUGUGUACUGUUCUCUGCUGAUAGCAGCCAGACAGGCUGUAGAGGCUGUUGGCAGUGGCCCGUCUGGGGUUCUGGAAAAGGUGUCUGGAGUUUCCAGCUGUUCCCAAGUGAGACUGAAGCCAGCAGGGCAGUGUGAAGAUGAAGAGUGUCCGUACCAACUCACACUGCCUCCUCUGACCAUGCAGCUUCCCAAACAAUUCAGACUACUUGAGAAGACCAUGAAGGAACUGCAGAGCUUGAAGGAGACAGUAAACAGAUUGAAGAGCUCCUGUCUGGAGUGCAACUCGCAGAAAGUGGACCUUAACUUGCAGAAGGACAGUGGAGAUCCCCCGGCUGGGAGCACAGAGCACGGUAGAGGGGACACUAGCACAGUAGUCUACUGGAACGGGAACGACAGCAAUAAUAACAUUGUACAGGAUAUGCAGGUGAAGAUGAACCGAAUGUCUAACAGCCUGAAGAACGCACGGGUGCAGAUUAACUCCCUUCAGGGUCGUCUGGAGGAGCUUAACCUUCUCAAUUUGGAGAACGUCGAGGCUAUAGUUGACAGAAAAGUUGAGAACAUCACCGGGAUGGUCAACAAAAUCGGAAGCACCUGCACUUCACAAUGUUCGGUUCAGCAUCAACUUCAGCACAUCAAAACCUUGACUCCCAGAGACUGCUCUGACAUCAGUUUGCUGGAGCAGAGGACCAACGGAGUGUACCAGGUGACCCCUGACCCCAAGAACGGCAGCUUUCCAGUGUACUGCGACAUGGAGUCAUUUGGUGGUGGAUGGACGGUUGUGCAGCGACGAAUCAAUGGCAGCGUGAGCUUCAACCGCACCUGGGCCGAAUACAAGAAAGGCUUUGGUGACCCGGAUAGGGAAUUCUGGCUGGGCAAUGACAAAAUCCACCUGCUCACCAAAGCCAAAGACAUGGUUCUUCGCAUUGAGCUUGAAGACUUUGAGGGCACACGUGGGUAUGCCAAGUAUGAACAGUUCUACGUGUCAAAUGAGAUUCUCCGUUAUCGACUGUCCGUGAGCGGAUACACAGGGACUGCUGGAAAUGCUCUACAGUUUAGCAAACACUUCAACCAUGAUCAGAAGUUCUUUACCACACCAGACAAAGACAACGACAUGUACCCCUCAGGCAAUUGUGGGGCGUACUACGGAUCGGGCUGGUGGUUUGAUGCCUGCAUGUCAGCAAAUCUCAAUGGCAAAUACUACAAAACAAAGUACAAGGGGAAGAGAGAUGGGAUCUUUUGGGGCACAUGGCACAACCAGACUACAGAGUACUAUCCGACGAACUAUAGACAGGCAUUUAAAAAUGUCAAAAUGAUGAUAAGGCCAAAGAAUUAUGCCCCCUAAGCCUACUGAUGAAUAAAUGCAAAGAAAAAUUGUUUUUGGUGCCAUUACACACUUUCCAACAUGGAAAAUGUAUUACAGUUUAGCAUGAAGAUGUAAUGGCGUUAAAAGGUGAUGUAAAAACGACCAUUUAAACAACUUUACCACUCAAAUAAUACAAGUUUUAACAAAAGAAUGAAUGCAAGUGCUUUUAUAAAAUGAAAAGCUUACAUUUUCUAUCUUUAAACCCUCCAAAAAUGGGCCCCAUUCACUUCCUUAGUAAGUGCAUCCGUGGUAAUCAAUAUUAUGCCACAAAGACUGUCGACUGAGCUUAACUUGUAUUGAACACAGAAAUUCCUUUAACAAAACUGCAUUCAAAGACAAGGAAAAAACUCUUUAUUACAAGCAUAUUUGGUCUGUUUCAUAUACAAAGCAAAUGGAUGUACAAUCCAGCUUCUACUAAGAAGUUAUAGUAUCUGGACAUUGUUUAAUGGUUUUAAUUCUUUUUCGUGUGCUACUGCCAUCUUGUGUUCAAUGGUUUACUAUAACAUAUCCUUUAAAGACCCUGUGAAAAUAACACGGAAGUUUUGCUGCUUUUAGUCCAUUUCUAUUAGCUUUAGGGUCAUCUAUAUGCCAGUGUACUUCUAAAGGUUCACAAAAUUCAUUUUCAGCAGUUUUGCUCUUUCGUCUAGAAAGACACAGUCAAAUCAUGAUGUCAAACUGCACUAGAGAAACUUUGUCCAUUUAAAUGCAUUCUAGAAUAAGAAGGCACUGGCCCCAUUGAUCUGCUCACCGCAAAUGGCUGUGUUCUCACCUGCCCUGACAGUUCCUUCACAGGGCACUUCAAAGAGAGCACAAUCCAUGUUGUGGGGUCUUUCUAAACAGUAGAAGUGAGUUGUGACUGACGGUUAUCACCUUUCAGCCCCCUGAAGCCCUCAGAGUGGACGGUAAUUGUCUUUGAAGGGAAUAGGGCAUAGGGUCUACCACCUCUAAAUUGGAACUCGUUUGUGGGAGUUUAUAUUUAAUGCAGACGUUUUUCAGAGGUUUCUUGGAAUGUGCAUAAAGAGUACAUUUUCUUUGCUCUAUCUAUUUAGUGUAGUGUGAUUUAAAACAUUGAUAUGUUUGUUUGUGAUUUAUCUUCAUGGCUUGCACAACAGCUCCUGCCUCGUCACCAGUGAAGUCCACAAUGCGCUGAUUUUGUUUGUAACAGGGUCUGUUUGAUCACUUUUCGGAUCUCAAGUCAGUGGAAAGUGUCCAAACUUGGUUGAGAUCGAUCAGUUUCUGUACAGUUUCACUCUAACAACAGCACGGUGGACAGAGUAAUGUUGUGUGAGUGUGUGUGUGUGUGUGUGUGUGUGUGUGUGUGUGUGUGUGUGUGUGUGUGUGUGUGUGUGUCUGUAUGACUGCGUUUAUUGGCACGAGCCAACUUCAUGUUUCAGUAGGAAAUACGUCAAAAGCGUAAAGUGAACUGUCCUUUUCAAGGCACUUCACGGGGUCUUUAAGAAUAAAAUAAAGAUGUAAGGUUCAACUAGAAAAUUUACAGUAUUUAUUUUGGAAAGAAUGGGAAUCAUUUUAAAUACUUUUUUAAAGUAUUUUGGCAUGACCUUACUUAAUGGUAGAAAUAGCAGCAACAGCUUUGACAUUCUUCCUUUUCUGAAAUUAAUUUAGUGAACAAUGUUUUUAAUCAUUCUUAUAUUUUCAGAAACUGUUUGUAUAUUGGUGCAUUUCUAUAAGACUAAUAAAUUAGCGUUUUUAAAGGUACAUUCAUCUUUUGUAUUAAUAUAAUAAAGAUUUGACCAACUUUAAGUGUUUGUGCCCCACUGUAUUUA